AUGAAGCUUUCCUCAAUUUUUAUAGUCUCUCCAGUAGUUCUAUUGAGUUAUUUAGCCGUAGUUAGCUCUCUUUCGUUCAAUUUGCCUCCUGGACAAGAAAAGUGUCUCAGGGAAGAAGUCCACAAAGAUGUUCUUGUUACGGGUGAAUACAGAUUAUCAGAUGCCCCUCAUCAGAAAACGCAUUUAACGGUAGGUACAUGCAUGGUACUUUUAGUUUAUAGAAGGUUGAAUGGAAAGAAAAUAAUUGUACCUCGUUAAUGAUAAUUUUGCAUCCGAUAUAGUUCAUUUAACUAUUUACAUGCGCUUGUAGUUCAUAUUGUGCACAUGGUGAUUUCCUUUUGUUAGGUAACGGAUUCAACUGGGCAUGUACUAUAUAAGAAAGAAGACGCCACCAAGGGCAAAUUUGCUUUUACAACUGAUGACUAUGAUAUGUACAAAGUAUGCUUGGAGAGUGAAGGUAGGAGAAGAAAUGAGCUGAAUGCUGAACAAAGUCAGUCAUUCACUUGUUAAAUCGGCUAAACUUCAGAAUACCUGUCCAAUGUAUCUUGUUUAAUAACAGUAGUCCCUAUUGUGUUGAACUUUGUGGUAUAAUGAAUUCUGACAAGUGGCCAGGUAUUGCGAAGUUGCUCAGUUGAAGCGUAUUGGGUAAUUUUACAAGUGUAGCUACACUUGUAAAUUACACUCCUGUCCUUGACUUUCAUUAGUCCCACGUACAUUGCGAAGAUUGGUGCAUGCAUUGUUAUCAAAUCGUAACCACCCCGUCUGCCAUAUUGGAUCAAGUAGAUACUUCAUGUAACAGAUCACUUGGAGUGCGGGCUCAGGUUAUUCGUACCACAUGGUUUUUGCUGACAAAGAAACAUCUGAUGCACCAUGGCAUAGACUGUUCACAGCCUCCUAUUUUUCUGUAAGAUUGUUUAGGUCAAGUGCUUUGUGUUAUGUGAUUUGAUGAGUGUCAAAACUACUUAGGGGGCAGGGGGCAGUUUUUGCUUCCUCCUAAACUGCCCUCCACCUGCUGAGUAGUUUUGACACCAGGGGACUGUGAACAGUCUACCGUUGCACAGUGAAGGUUAGAUUCUUUCUUUUGUCCAAAAGUCCCUGGACUUGAAAAAAGAGUAGAUGAUGAUGGAAAUUCUGGUGGAGAUAAUGAUGAAGAAGAUAAUGUAGCCUUCAAAGCAACCUUAAAAACUGUCUGAGAAAUUUGCUACAAGCAGAGAGGUUGGACACCCUGAUGGUCAUUUCAGCCGAAGGACCACCAUUACAAGAGUUCCCUUUUGAACAUACUUGAUGAAAUGGAAGGCAGAGAAAUCAUGAAGAAUUUUUUCCACACCAAUCAUGGGCCACAAGUAACUUUGUCCCCCUAAUGUUCUUAUGUGGCCCUGGGACUCCUCAAGGCAAAAUCUUGGCGAGGACACCGAGUUGGCAUACAUGCAUUUCCCACACCAGCCAACAAUUAUUGUCCUUGGGAUUUUCAUGUUAGAAAGUACCACUUCAAAAAGCUGUUCAAUCCAAAACUACUUUUUGUGCCAUAGAGUAUUAUAAUAGGCAGUUACAUUUCUUCUGCAUGCUUGUGCACCAAAUGAAACAGAAUUUCUACUAAUACUUUCUUCCAAAUUUAAGGUCAUGCAGGAGGUGGAGUAGAAAGAGAAGUUACUUUAAAUGUGAAACAUGGUGUGGAAGCAAAGAACUAUGAAGAUGUAAGUUUUGAUUUUUGUAGCAAUAUUGUAAUGCAUUGCCACCUUAUGUCUCAGCUUGGAUGAAGAGCUUGAGUGAGUGAGUGAUUGUAAUACAUCAAGUGGUCACACUAUAGGAUUUUGUCCAGGUAAAGUAAGAGGCAGACAGCCACAUGUUCCUGACAUAUACAUUCUGUCUAUAACCUUCUCACUCAGAGAGUUCUUAGCGACGUUGGACAAAACCUUAUUCAACUGAUACUUCUUUGUUUUUGUGGUUUAUUUGAUUGAAGUGAGAGCUCUGAAUUUAAAGCAGUUUUCUUUGAAGAAAAGAAUUUACAGACACUAAAUAGUGAUUUUGUUUUGAUCCUUUUGUAGUUAGCCAAGGCUGAAAAGUUGAAACCAAUGGAGGUGGAGCUCAAGAGGUUGGAAGAUUUAGCAGAUGCUGUUGUUAAUGACUUUGCAUAUAUGAGACAAAGAGAGCAAGAAAUGAGAGAUACAAAUGGUAAAGAUUAUUAUAUUUACUUUACUGUAUUAAAUAUCAUUCAAAGCUGUCAUUAAAGGAUGUAACUUGUAACACUUGUUACGGCUGAGCUUACUUGACAUUACAGGUUGAUCAUAGUAAAAAGCUAAAAUUGAACAUUCAUUUUGCUAUGGCUGCUUCAAAACUUACUGACGCGAUUUUCUUUGAACAGAAGGGUCCACUUUAGUGCUAAUUUCGAGAAAAAUAUUUACCAACAGUAAAAUCAGAUUAUUUCAUAUUAUUGCCAAAUAACAUCUGUUGUUCAUUUCAGAGUUUCGUAGUCAUCCCUUUAAACCAAAAAAGUUAUGAUGAAAAACUCAUUUCAGCUCAUUGCGCCUGUCUUAAUAACAAAGCCACCCUAAAAGUUCAUUACCAGUACAUGUAUUAUAAUAUUAUACACAGACAUCAAGUCCUUGUGCAAUUUAUUGAUUGGUGAAAGUUUGUAUCAGCUUCAGUAUUUUAAUAAUAUGUCUAUUAUUAUCUUGCAGAGUCAACUUAUUCCCGUGUUCUGUACUUCAGUAUUUUUUCCAUUCUGUGCCUGUUUGGUUUGGCCACAUGGCAACUGUUUUAUCUGCGACGAUUCUUCAUCGCCAAGAAGCUCAUAGAGUAA